AAAUGAUAGACUUGGAUUAGCUAACACAAUGUGCCAUUUGAACACAGAGUGAUGGUUGCUGAUAAUGGGCCUCUGUGUAGGUAUUCCAUAACAAAUCUGCCAUUUCCAGCUACAAUAGUCAUUUACAACAUUAACAUUGUCAACAAUGUAUUUCUGAUCAAUUGGAUGUCAUUUUAAUGGCCACAAAUGUGCUUUUCUUUCAAAAACAAGGACAUUUCUAAGUGACCCCAAACUUUUGAACGUAGUGUAUUUUUAUAAAGAGAACCAUUAUACUGUUAGUAACUCUCCUAAAGAAUUCUUCUUCACCCCAAGUUCUGGUGCACAUUGCCUUCAUAGGCCUGCUGUAGCUAAGCCUAAUAAUAGCCAUACCACACCAAACCUUCACAAAUGUUGCUUAACUUUAUUAUCAAAAGUAAGUCAAGUCAUUGUUUAUAGGGAAAACACAAGUAGGUUCUUAUAUUGUGGCAUUAAAUGAAUUAUCAACAAAGUCGAUUGCCUACCCAACAAAUGGCAGCAAUAGGCUAACGCUAUUUCUUUUACAACAGGCCUACUUUUAACCUUCGUCUAAAUAAGGAGCACAAAAUUAAAGAAAAUUUGAACAUGAUUUAGCCAAUGAAAAUGUCUCAGCCUAUGCAAAAAGAGUUUGUUUUAUUUUGUUAUUUAAAAAAAAAAAAAAAAAAAACUGUUUAGAUGAUUAAAUUGGCCUACAGUAGUAAUAAUAAUGAUUUAUAAUAAUGACAAAAAAAUGUAUGAUAAAUAGCAAGUGGAAUAGCUAAAAAUCAAAUAAAUAGAACAGUAAACAUUACAGUUCCAAAGGAAUAGAGACAUUUCAAAUGUCAUAUUAUGGCUGUAUACAGUGUUGUAAUGGUGGGAAAAUAAAUAUGGGAUGUAUUUACAAAAACUGUGUCACCUCAAAACUGUCACCUGAAAUGACAUCUACACAGUAUUAAUCACUGUGAUUAUUUCAACAGAGUGUUGGAAAGAGCGACUAUCCACAGCAGAGUGAUGGGACUGUAAUGUAAUGUAUUGUAAUCGCCUCAUCCAAACCAGAACACAAUGUACUCGCUUUCAGACUGCAGUCUCAAUCUUCCGUUGUCUGGUUUCCAGCAAUCUACCACCCCUUCUCUCUCUGUCUGUCUCUCUCUCUUUUCUGUUGUCCUCUUGUCUGUCGCUCUGCCUACCCAAUAAGGACCGAACAGGACCGCAGAGACUUUCUGUCUUUUAAUUCCCUCAGAUCUUGUGGUCCAUCUUCCUCUUGUCACUGUAUCUCUUGGUGCCUCUCUCUGUGACACCAAAUACAUACAAAAUGUGUGACAGUCAUCCUCCUCUCCUCCCCCAGGUUGAAGAGACCUCCCCUAGGGUACAGUGACACAGUGGCCUUCUCCAUGGAGCACAGCUCCUACCAGUGCUUCAGGAAGAGUGCCAGAUUUGGGAGGCACCUGGUCAACUUCUUCCUGGUGUUGACACAGCUGGGAUUCUGCAGUGCAUACUUUGUGUUCCUGGCAGAGAAUAUAAAACAGGUUGUUGAGGGAUACCAAGGUGUAAACAUCACCCUGGCAGCUGAAUCCCUGUCAUUCGCCAACACCUCCAUGGUGCCAGCCCCGGUCCCUCUACCCACCAUGGUGCCCUCUGAGCCCUGGGCACUGGACCUGCGUCUUUACAUGCUCUUCUUCCUGCCCUUCCUCAUCCUGCUGGUGUUCAUGAAGGACCUGAAGAACAUGGCCGUCCUGUCGUUGCUGGCCAACGUCUGCAUGGCCGUCAGCGUCAUCAUCAUCUUCCAGUACAUCACGACGGAUUUUGGGGACCUUCAUCGUCUCCCUCUCACUUCCCCCUUGGGCAAGUUCCCCUUCUUCUUCGGAACAGCCAUCUUUGCCUUCGAAGGCAUCGGAGUGGUAAGUACUCUUCAACAGGUGUUAUGAAACACCUGAUUGGUU